CACGCUUCAUCUUACUCAUCUCUACACCUACACUUCCACACUUACACCACGAAAAAUGAGCCAAGGAGGAUACUACGGUGGAGGCGGCGGCUACGUGCAAGGUGGCUCACCAUACAGCGCCGGAGGUAGCCCAGGAGGCGGUAAUCGAAGAACUGACGCGUCACAAUCGAUUCGGCCGUUUACCAUUGCCCAGCUCGGAAAAGCCACUCAAGCGCACACUGAUGCAGAAUGGAUGCUGGACGACACGGUGAUUGGACACGUAACAACAGUAGGCCAAGUAAUUCGCAUCCAAAAACAGGCGACCAACAGUGUCUACGACCUUCACGACGGCACGGGGCACAUUGAGGUGCGGCAUUGGAAUGAGACGACCAAUGAGGAAGAUGAUGCUAAGUGGGGCGGCAUACAGGAAAACCAGAACGUCCGCGUCGUUGGCUCCUUGAAGACAUUUGGCAACAAGCGCUACGUGAACGCGACACAAAUUCGCGUGGCUGAAGAUCCUCAUGAAGUGUUCUUCCAUAUUCUGGAAUGUGUUACCUGUACCUUGAUCGCAGACAGGGGACCACCUGUCACGGGUCAACAACCAGUCAGAUCGGAGGGACAGCCUGUUCCUGGUUCAAGUACGUCGGCGUAUCAGUCUCAUUCCGCACAACCAGCGUCGCAUGACGAAUACGCAAAUCUACCAAAACUACAACGAGACAUUGUGCACUUCAUGCUCAAGCAGGAAAACGGUGAAGAAGGGGUCCAUGUAGCAUCCAUUGCUCGCUCUAUUGGUGGCGGCGAUGCGCAAAUGAUCAGUGAUGCUCUUGACCACUUAAUGGACGAUGGAAUCGUGUUUAGUACCAUCGAUGACUCCCACUUUAGUGUAUCUCGCUGAAUUACCUCGAUCUUGUAGUUGUACUAGCCGACGUAAUUGGCCAACCCAUAUUUGUAUUCUAUCAGUUGCUCUAUUUAUCCUUCUUCCU